AUGUCAGUUACAAUUCAAUCGUAUGGCGAUUGCAAGAUCACGAUCAAGACGGGACUAUUCAUUAACAAUGAAUUCAAACCAUCAGUAGGUGGAACAGUUAUGACAACCCCGAAUCCAGCCACUGGUGAAGAUUUGGCCACCAUAAGUUCUGCUACUGCCGAGGACGUGGAUAUUGCCGUUUCUGCGGCCAGAUUGGCGUUUGAGACCACUUGGGGCAAGAAAAGUACUCCAGACCAACGAAGCUCUCUUCUCAACAAAUGGGCUGAAUUGAUUGAAGCUGAUAUUGAUUCUCUCGCUGAACUUGAAAGUCUUGAUAACGGAAAGCCGGUAUGGAUGGCUCGCGACGUGGACAUAGUAGACAGCAUUGGGUGUCUUCGUUACUAUGCUGGACUUGCAGACAAAAUCGAAGGACGUACUAUUGAGCAGCAAGAAGGUAUAAAAUUGGCGUUCACAAGAGCCGAACCUAUAGGUGUAUGUGGUCAAAUUAUUCCCUGGAAUUACCCUAUACAAAUGUUCAUGUGGAAAGUGGCUCCAGCUUUGGCUGCUGGAAAUACAAUUGUGAUAAAGCCUGCUGAGCAGACACCAUUGAGUGCACUUCGUUUGGCUGAAUUGGCAGUUGAAGCAGGAUUUCCUCCUGGAGUCUUAAACGUGGUGAAUGGUCCUGGAGCAGUGACUGGGGAUGCCAUUUCGCGCCAUAUGGAUAUUGACAAAGUUGCCUUUACUGGGUCGACGGUGACAGGGAGAAAAAUCAUGGAAGCUGCUGCAAAGAGUAACCUCAAAAAGGUGACGCUUGAACUAGGAGGAAAGUCACCAGUUGUGGUCUUUGACAGUGUGGAUAUCGAUCAGACUGCUAACUGGGUAUGUAUGGCGAUUCUUUUCAAUCAUGGACAAGAUUGCUGUGCUGGUUCUCGUCUCUUUGUCCAAGAUACCAUCAAGGACGAAUUUCUUGCAACUCUUAAAAAGAAAGUUGAGCAAGUUGAAAUCGGAGACCCCAGUGUCAAGACCACGUUCAUUGGCCCGUUGGUUUCAAAGCAACAGCAGGAGAAGGUGAAAAAGUACAUUCAAUAUGGCAAGGACGAAGGCGCCGUCUGCCUUACCGGAGGUGAAGAUAAAUUGGCAGAUUUACCACAAAAGUUCAAAAAUGGUUUCUUUGUGCCCCCAACAGUGUACACAGAUUGCAAAAAGGGUAUGAAGAUAGUAGACGAUGAAAUAUUCGGACCAGUUCUUGCUGUGCAGACAUUUGAAACAGAAGAAGAAGCAAUUGAGUUGGCAAACGAUACUGCCUAUGGACUCGGAGCUGGUAUUUUCUCCCAAAAUGCCUCUCAAUGUAUGCGUAUGGUUCACGCUAUCAAGGCAGGUACCGUGUGGUGCAACCAGUACAUGGUGCUCAGUAAUGCUGUUCCAUUUGGUGGCAUGAAACAAUCUGGUUUUGGCCGUGAACUCGGUAUCGAGGGAUUGAAAGAGUACACCCAAACCAAGGCAGUGCACUGGAACUAUGGGGAAGAGAUAGAAUGGCCGCUCAAUGGCACAAAUGUAUGA